AUGGCAACAGUCCCUUUCAAAGUCAAAGCAGUAUACGAGUAUUCCUCGCCCCAUGACGACGACCUCAGCUUUCCCCAGGGUCAGAUCAUUACCGUGACCGAAGAGGAGGAUAAUGAUUGGUACUCUGGCGAGUACGCGGAUUCCACAGGAGGAAAGCACCAGGGUAUCUUUCCCCGGAAUUUUGUGGAGAAAUACGAGCCAGAGAUACCUUCGAGGCCUAUAAGACCGACCAGGACAAAGAAAGAUGCAGAGAUUCCAGCGCCCGCGCCCCCGCCGGUAGCAGCGACAACGCACGGCGCAUCGGUAGGUGUAACAGCCGCACAAGGGCGCGAAGACUCUCAAAAAAGACCUGAUGAAGUAUCUAGCCCCCGAUCAGGCAGCUCAGCAUCAGCUUUCCCGACACAACAACCAGCUCGUCAAGUCUCUUCAACCACUGCUUCCAAGGCAUCGGAGCCGUCUCCAACAAAGCCAGCCAACAAGGAUGUUCCGACUGAGAGUUCCGAGAGGCCGAGUGGAGGGUCGUUCCGGGACCGGAUUGCUGCGUUCAACAAACCCGCUGCACCCCCGAUAGCUCCUUUUAAACCAGGCGGCCAAGGGGCAAGCAACACUAUUGGUUUUAUCAAGAAACCCUUUGUCGCACCUCCGCCGAGUAAGAAUGCUUACAUUCCGCCGCCGCGAGAGCCCCCUCCGGCAAAGGUGUACAGGAGAGAAGAGGAUCCAGGUUUAAAUGAAACAGCUGAAGAUUCGGAAGCCUCGAUGCCCUUGCCAGGUGAAAGAGCCGAAGUUGGUGGGGAUGAUCGACCUAAACCAACCAGUCUGAAGGAUCGGAUAGCUCUUCUGCAGAAACAGCAGUUGGAACAGGCUGCUCGGCAUGCAGAGGCCGCGCAGAAGAAGGAGAAGCCAAAGCGACCAGCAAAGAAGCGCACCGAGUCGCAGGAACCCAUUGAGUCUUCAGAAGCAGUUGCUGAUGCUGAUGUGGAAGGUUCCGACAUACCUGAGACCGUUGGCAAGAAAUCUGUAGACUUUGCGGAUGACGACUCUGAACCAUUGGAUAGACAAGGAGGUCGGCUGCCUUCUAUUGCAGCUCACAUGUCAACUCCUCCACCACCUUCUCGCGAGCUCAUGAGCGACACUAAUGAUGCUGACAAUUCCGCUGCUGGCGACACGGAAGAAGCGGACGACACAUCCACAAGUCGAGAGGACAAUCGUGAGACCGGUAGAAGGGCCAACGUAACGACCACACAGGAUGAGCUUGUUAGUGAAGCAGGCGAGGCCGAGGCAAGUGAUGAAGAGGCCCAGGAAGAGCAAGACGUGGAUCCAGAGAUCAAGCGCCGAAUGGAGAUUCGGGAAAGAAUGGCCAAAAUGAGUGGAGGAAUGGGUCUGAUGGGCAUGUUUGGACCUCCAGGUGGCAUGCCUCCCCCCGGAAAGAAAGCGAGGGCCAGUGGCGAGGGUGAGAGAGACGUCAGCGGUACUCAGCUUCAACCUGAAGCUAUAGAGCGUGCACCUCCUGUCCCUGUCCCUGGGAUGUUCAAUGUCAAGAAUCCCGAGCCAAAACCUACCCAGACAGAAGAAGAUAGCUCAGCCGACGAAGGUACAAGGCACACGCAUGCUGGACAACAGGCAGAUGAAAUAGAGCAGUCAGAUGAAGAGAUUGUCGAACCUCCCAAACCACCACCAAGAAGCUCCACUGACCGUGCCCCACCUCCUCUGGCUCAAGCACGCGCUGUUCCCCCUCCACCUCCACGGCAAUCUAGGACUCCACCCCCAACUACGCCAGCGGAACGUCCUGUCCCAGGAGUGCCAUCUUCUCUUCCUCAGGGCCGAGGCGCACCUCCACCUCCACCUCCACCCAGAUCCUCAAUGCCUCUUAGCCCUGGCGAGUUGUCUGACGACGAAAUGUCCCUCCAUGAGAGCCCCAUGUCGCAGCAUAAUAUAGCGGAGGAGACGUCUCGACCACAGAGCAGAGAUGUCCUGCCGCCUUCGACAGCACCUCCGCUACCAACUGGGAGACCUGAAGGAGAAUCCUCCCUUCCAAGUCAAACUUCACCAACCUCUUCUUUGGAGAAAGAGAAGCGGACCAGUCGAGGCCUGCCCCCACUGCCGCCAUCCAGUCCGAUCACAGGCUCCGCCCAGCAAUUUCGAGCUCCACCCCCACCACCCCCUGGACAACCACCCAGUCGAAAAUCAACGUCUCAAUCACGUCAUAUACCCGUGACAACACAGCGGGAGGGAGCAGAUGCCAGUGAAGGAGAGGUGACAGAGUACGAUGGCGAUUAUGACACGGAUAUUGCAUCUAGUGCUAAGCAUAAAGACGCGCUCAAAUCCCAUGCGCGAGACUCGAGUCUCGAUGACGACACUAUAGCAGAUCAGGUAGCUUCCAAACAGAGUGCAAGUCCUCCUGGCAGAGGUCCUCCACCACCGCCAAAUGUCUCGGCACCCCGUGAUGUGCCUCCGCUACCGCCAUCUAUACACACAGGAAAGCAGUCAAGAAAAUCCAGUGACGUGCCUCGAGCCGCCCCUCCUCCUAUUCCACCACCAAAAGAAGCACCUCAAGCGGACGAUGAGAACGCGUAUGACCCAUAUCAAUACCAUGCACCAGACCAUGACAUUUCAUCACCAACGUCAAGUCAACCAUUCUCUCCUGUUAUCAAGCCUCCUGAGCCGGAUGUAGAUGACGACGAGCUUUAUGAUGCAUCUCCACGAUCUGCACGUGCUCCUCCACUUCAACCUGCCCAAGGGCCGCCACCUUCGAUGCCAAUACAGCCGCCUCAUGCUCAGCAGAAUAUCCCACGUCAAUCACUGGAUAUUCUAAGGUCACAGACCGCGGCUCGGAGGUCGGUGGAGGCGCCUCGACCGUCGAGUGAGCACGGAUUCAUGGCCACAGAUAUUGACCUAGCACCCUCAAGUCAGUGGUAUGCACAAACUCCAGACGUCCCACCGCCAUCACUACAAAGUCGAAACGACAUCCUGUACGAGAUUGAAUCAUCCACUUCGUCGAAACGCGGCGGUAAAAGCACCAUCUCCAAAGACAUCUACAUCCUCUAUAUGGACUACUCCCAAACCGUCAUUACCGCCAACUUCGACGCCUCGGACCCCACCAGCGUGGUAUUAGAACAACGCCACGAACGGCCGCCUCCACCCCCACGACAAGACCAACUUGAAAGCGCCUCCUCCCAGUUCGGCACGCGUAUCGCCUCAUCUGUCCCGUCUAAAGCGUCCAUCACCGUAGGCGACGGGACCGCCCACGCUCUAAUCCUGCAUCUCCUCCGGCCCCUCUCGCCUCACGUCCUCCAACCCGUGGGAACGCGCGCCUACGGGGCGCCCGUCUACUCCAACCUGGCCAACGCAUCGACGCAGCAGUUCGACGAGAUCCGCCCGGGCGACAUCGUCACGUUUCGAAAUGCCAAGUUUGCCGGCCACAAGGGUGGUCUGCACACCAAGUACAGCAUGGAAGUGGGCAAGCCGGAUCACGUGGCCGUGGUGGCGGACUGGGAUGGCACCAAGAAGAAGAUUCGGGUCUGGGAGCAGAAGGGGAAGGAUGGGAAGGAGAAGGACGGGGCGGCCAAGGGGGCCAAGGUGAGGGAGGAGAGUUAUAGGGUCUCUGAUUUGAAGAGUGGGGAGGUGAGGGUUUGGAGGGUCAUCGGACGCGGCUGGGUGGGUUGGGAUGGAGGUCCGAAAUGA